AUGGCGGCCCCUGCCAACAUUCGCAUCCCUACAGAGAAAGACAUCUUCAUUCCGGUGAUUGGGGUCACGGGCUCGGGUAAGAGCUCCUUAAUCUCGGCAUGUUCUGGCAAAGCGCCUAAAAUCGGCCACGGUCGCAACGCUUGCACGUCAAAGAUUGAGCUUUACCCUUACGACGCGUCGCCCGGUCGAUUUGUAUGGCUGAUUGAUACGCCAGGAUUCGAAGGCCUCGGCACAAGUUACACCGAAUUCGUCAAGUACAUCACCCGAUUCCUACUAGACGUGUACAAGGUGAAGGUGGUUCUCAAUGGAAUUAUAUACCUCUACCGGAUAACUGGUUCGGCAAAGAUUGACCUUGUUACCUUGAAGCAGCUCUGCGGAGAGGAUGCCCCCAAGAAGUUGACAAUCGUUACCACAAUGUGGGACGCGGUCACGAAUACCCUCGAAGCCACGAAGCGAGAGUCUGAACUCAAGAAUACAUGGGAAUUUGGGAGCUGGAUGCUGUCUCAGGGUAGCUCUUAUCAUCGGUAUCAAAACACCAGGGAAUCUGCCAGGAUGAUUGUCAACUCCCUUGCAGGUCUUGACCAACCAACACGCACAACCUCCAACAAACAGAUGGUCAAAAAGACUCGACGCCAAAUCCAGACCUUUGUUGGCCAGGAGGUCCACAAACACCUGAUCGAGGAGAGAAAGACAUUCGAAGAGAGACUUCGUAAGGCGGAAAACUACAUGCGAGAGGUCAACGAGAACGAAACAUAUCUUGCCAUGUAUCAAGAGCGAUGCCGAUACGAAAAAAUGUUCAAAGGAAUGGAAUCCAAAACAGCUGCUCUCCGUGCCAACAUGGAGGGUCUGCUGGCAGAAAAGGACCAGCGCAUCAACGACUUGAACCUGAAGAUAAUGAGACAGCAGUCUGAUCAGGCGUUGGCGCUGGCCCGUGUGGAAGCAAAGCAGGCACAGAUGAUCAAACGAUAUGAUGGACAUUUGGUGGCUGGUGUUGGGGUAUGA